UUGUAAAACCUCCACGGCAGAAGAGGUAUUCUGAAGCUGACGUGAACAGGUGUUUACACGAAAUUGGCCAAGGAGCCUCUGUCCGUAGCGCUGCUAACGGAACCGAGUCCCUCGAUCGAAAUGUGCAUCAAAACAGGACCACCUACUGCUUUAGAAGCGGAUGCAGAGAUGCAGGAUUAAAAAAAUGGCCCGGAAGGGACUUCCGGUUACAAAGUACCGUGUGAUGAGCAGAGUUUUAAGCUAUAUCGAACAGAAUCCCGAAAAGGGCAACUUCAAAACCGGUAGGCCAAGUGAUUCGUGGUUUAUAAGUUUUAUGAAGCGGCACAAAGAUCUUGCAACUCGGAAGGCGGAAAGUGUCACCAGCGCAAGUGCCAAUGUUGUUGAGCAGGAUUUGAGGAAUUGGUUCCGGGAAGUUUAUGGAAUGGCCGUGGAGGAUAGUAUUGAUCAUCUUCUACGAAAGGCAAAGUGUGUGCUGAAUGGCGAUGAAUCCAGUUUCUAUCUUGACCCAUCUGCAGAUAAGGUGAUCGCCUUGCGAGGGGAAAAGAAUGUGUACAGAGUUGAUCAAGUUCCUGCUAAAAAAAACAUAAUAGUUAUGUUUACCUGCUCUGCUGCUGGAAUGUUGUAACCCCCAAUGGUUGUUUUACGGUACAAGAAAUUUCCUUUGGAUGUUAUUUGGUGCGUACCCGCAGAUUGGGGUAUAGGAAAAACAGACUCGGGAUGGAUGACCGCGGCAUGUUUUCUGAAAUACGUUAAAAAUAUCCUUCAUCCACAACUGGUUAAAGAUGAUGCACAAUCGGCUGUCUAUUACGUAGACGGUCACUCUCCUUACACCGCUUGGGAAACAGCUGAUGAAUGCCGAAGACUCGGAAUCCAUCUCGUCUGUCUGUACGCGAACGGUACAAGAAUUCUCCAGUCAAUCGACGUAGCGGUUUUUGAACCGUUGAAGGCUGCAUGGAUACGUGUUGUUGACUCAUUGAAAAUGCCAAACCCCAACAAAUAUUUGAAGACCGAAAAUUUUUUUCCUGCUCCUUCAGGAGGCACUGAAGGACAGCGACAAAAAGGUAAUAGAAAACGGAUCCAAAUGCUGCGGUUUGUUUCCAUUUGACGAGAACAGAGUCAUUUAUUCUAAAUGUCUUGGUCGUAAAAAAACACAGGAACCCAUGAGAGUUGCAAGUUCAGCUGGUGAAAGCUGUAACCAGUCUCCGCCUGAUGUUGGAAAUGCAGCUGUAAAUUCGGUAGAUGAAACCACGGAUGGAAACGGUCAGCUAUAUACAUCAAAUGACCAUUCCGAUGUGAAACCAUCAGCUGUUUCUAAUUUGGUAGAAACAAUUCAGGUAUUCCGUUUGAAAGCUGAAGAAGUUCUGCAUUUGAUGGGGCCCAAUCGUCGAGAGAGGUAUAGAACCAAUGAUGUCGAUUUUGAUUCGCAGUACGACUUGAUACUUUCUCGGGUUUUUGAGCUGCUCGAGCCUCUGAGUUCCUUAUUCCUUCAAAAUUAAAUCGAUACAGCUGCGGUAGGUUCAAAUCAACCAAACGAUGAAAAGUUAGCCGAAUUCUACGCCAAGGACACCAACUCUGUACCGAUUGAUUAUGUUCGUUAUUCGCACGAUGAUUCUCAGCAUCACAGUAGCCUGCUCUCCGAGUUUUUGGAGUCUUCGGAAACACCACAUCGAAAAGGCAACAUGAAAUACAAACGUAGAAGACCUGUUGUUCUGACCUCAGGUCGACGACUUCAAUAUCAUAAGGCACUUCAAGAGGAGAAAAAGGCAGCUGGAGAGAAGCAAAGAAAGGGUGAUGAACGAAAGAGGAAACGCGAAUGUAGAAUCGCACAGAAAUUGAGGAACAAAAGAACAGAUAAGCAAAAACAGCAACGAGGAAAUAAGAAACUGAACUAAACUGAAUUCAAAGACUGUUAUAAUUUGUUAAAUUUAAAUUAUGGUUGUUUCUCCAGAAGCAAAGAUUCAAAAAAAUUUCGGUUAAUAGUUUUAUAGGCACAGAUUUCUGGCAAUUUUAGAUUCUCUUUUUGCAAAUUCUUUAAGCAAUCGUGCUAAAAUCCAAACUACUCCCCCUCGUCUUGAUUGUCCACGUAGAUUACGGAUGUAUUCCACAUUUCCACUAUUUCUACUCUAAAAAGCUCGAUCAUUAUCUAGAUUAAAAAUUAACAUAAUAUAAA